AUCAAUCUUUUUUUUAUUUCAGACAUAUAAAUGUAAGAUCUCAGUUUGUAAAUGUAUCCACCCCGAUUAAUCAGCUGUCGCUACAAGGAUGGGAAGACGACAUUUACAAAUGCGGAUAUUUGGUUGUACCUUACUCCUAACAGUUAUCCUAGUUGUACAGUACGCUAGUCCAGGAUGGGACUUUUUAACCCACAGUCCGGCUUCAGCCCCUGCAGUCAUACAGCCCGGGUCAGGAGGGGGGAGGAGAAGUUUAAAAACUGGAAAUAUGGGUUCGCUACACAAACAAGAACAGGAGGAAAUUCACCAAACUGAAGAAGCGAUCCUUAAAACAAUCGAAGAAAAUAUCAUCAUCUUAGACAGCGGCAUAGAUCCCCAGAUCGAAGCCGAAGAGAUCAUUCUCAAUCGAAGACUCGAAAUCCAGCGAUCUUUCAACAAAUCUCCCAACAAUCAAUUGAAAAUUCCUACUCUUCAACUUCAAAACGGGAAAAAAACUUUAUUCACUUUUGCGGAUUUUAAGCCUGGUCAGGGACAGAACUCAAAACCGGUUUUGUUCGGUGUUAAUCGAACCAUUGCCGCGCUAAGCCGAGAGUUUGACUCAAACAAAUUUUCCAAUGGAAAAAUAAAUCCAAGAUGGCGGAAAAGAGAAAAGGAGAUUCCGAGCACCAUGCAAAUAGCUGAAGGACUUCCGGUCGGAACUAGACUUCAAUCAAACCAAUCCCGUCAUAUCCUGAUAGGUAUAACAAUGUGAUUAUUUGUAAUUAAA